AUGGACGAAGCAGAUAGCCGCCUCCUCAUGGGGCCGGAGCCGUCGGUGUUGGUCUCUGUCGUCCAGGCGCUCUCCGACCCGAACUCGCUGGUUGUGCUGCUGGUCACGCUGUUCGGCUUCUUGCUGCCCAUGUUGUGGAUUUAUCCGCCGGUGGCGCCACGACCAAGCGACUUUUUGAACGAAACGCACUCCCAGCUGCGUGUGGACGAGAAGAAGGAGGACAAGGAGGACGAAAAGCGCCAACUACGAAACAACGGCGGCAUGGCACCCCGCAUCGACAGCUUGUGGGUGUAUCCCGUCAAAUCCUGCCGGGGUAUUCAAGUGUCGCGCAGCCGAGUCCUGCCGACAGGUCUGGAGUUUGACCGGCUUUUCACGUUGGCCCAGCUUGCAUCGCCGUUUCCAGCGCGUGCGGGCACAGAGCUUGUUGCCAAGACCAAGACGGGCAGACAUGGCAACGGCAAGGACAACGGCAACGACGGAGCCGAGGCAGACGACACGUGGGCUGCCAUCGACCGGCACCAGUUCCCGAUGCUCGCCACGCUGCAGGUUGAGCUGUGGCGCCCCGACCUGGCCAAGGUGCGUCGCGCCCAGGCUCGCAUGCGUGCCGAUGACCGCGCCGAGCGCACCGCCUCCAUGAGCGAGCUGUACGUCGUCGUGCGCUACCCGUGGCAGGCCACCGGCUGGGUGGGCCGCUGGGACUGGUUUGCGGCCAAGCUGGCGCGCGGCUGGCGUUCCGUGCCCGAAGUGGAGGUCGUGUUGCCGCUGGCCUUGCCUGUUGCGGCCGACAAGGCGACUGCAAAGUAUGGCCACGUGAGAAUCGACGACACCAGAACCCAGGCACUGGACGUAUCGGCCGAGCUGCCGCGCUCGUUGCAGCUGUAUCUGGGUGUAAGCAACCGGCUGGGCCUGUUCCGUUGUGAGGUCGACCACCCGCUGAGGCAAGCACUGCAAACGUUGAACAACUACCAGAUGCCGCCGGGCGGCAACUAUGUGCAAAUAUUGUUGCCACUGCCACCGAAGGCUUACCAAUAG